AUGGAUGAUUACUUAAGGUAUGAAGAGCCUGAUUGUAGAUCGCGCAAGCUCAUGAGAGGCCUGGCCGCUACGGCUAGUCGUAUUGCCUCUAUGACAGGCUGCUCUGGAGAUGCACGUUAUGAACAACUACCGGAUAAAUUGUCCCAGUUGUUCGGGGAGAAGGGUGAAGAGUGUCAGCUGAAACUCAUGAGUCGAUGCUGCAGGGCCGAUCUGGUCCAAAAGAGCUACCCAGGUGCCUUACUUGAGAGCCUAACGAAAGCCUUCGUUCUCAAUGGACUACCAGCUGAGAUCGGCAAGCGGCACGCAAGACUUCUGCCUCAGUCAAUAACAGAGUUGGAGAGGGUUCACUCGGCGGAUCCCGACCUGGGGAUUAACGCUCCGCCCCCCGCCUCAGAUCAGCCAUGUCCAACCCAACAGUGGCGUCCAAGGACAAACAAAUUCCAAGGGCCGCGAUUCAGAGGAUCUGGCGGACAAUGGACGGGGAAACCUCGUGGCGGAGAAGGUUUCACGAGGCCUCCAGUUGCGUUACAGUUGGCUCUCGCUCACAAGAGCCAGAAAGACUACUAUGAUAAGUGGGCCCACGGUACCCCUGCCGAGGAAGGUGACCUAGUGUGGAUGGCUACCCCGAAUGUAGUGAGCGAAGGCCGGAAGCUUCGACGUUCGUGGGAAGGACUAUAUAUGGUAGACACGGUCCUCAGUGAAACGACAUGUGGAAUUUGCGGCCUGGACGCUAGUCCCGGUCAAGGGUUCACUAUUCAUUUUAACAAGCUAAAACCCUAUGUUCAGUCAAUGGAGGAGACUGAUAAGGAGCCCUAG